AUGAUAAGGUGGGGGGACGUGUACAAGGUGGUGGCCGCCAUGGCGCCAAUCUACUUCGCCCUGGGACUCGGGUACGGCUCCGUGCGGUGGUGGAAGCUCUUCACGCCGGACCAGUGUGACGCUGUGAACCGCCUCGUGGCCUACUUCGCGGUUCCUUUCUUCGCGCUCGACUUCGCCGCGCGCAUGGACCCAUACGCGCUCAACUACCGCGUCCUCGCCGCCGACGCGCUCUCCAAGCUCGCCGUCGCGCUGGCUCUCGCAGCCUGGGCCGCCGCGUCCACUCACUGCUGCCGCGGUGGCGGCAAGCGCGGCGGGGAACUGGCCUCAUCGUGGUGCAUCACCGGCUUCUCGCUGGCGACGCUGACCAACACGCUCGUCGUGGGCGUGCCGCUGCUGGACGCCAUGUACGGCGGGUGGGCGCGCGACCUCGUCGUGCAAAUAUCGGUGGUGCAGAUCAUCGUCUACUUCCCGCUCCUCCUGUUGGCAUUCGAGGCGAGGCGUGCCUGGGGUGGUGGCCCCGGGAAGCCGGGCGCCGAAGCGGCUUUAGCGAGCGACGGCGACGUAGAGGACGGCGGCGCGGAGGAUUCGAGGCAGCGCCAGCCGGUGUGGCCGUUGGUGAGAGCGGUGUGGCUCAAGGUGGCGCGGAAUCCCAACGUGUACGCGGGCAUGCUUGGCGUCGCGUGGUCGUGCAUCACAAACAGGUGGCACAUCGAGACGCCAAGCAUCAUCGAGGGCUCCGUGCUGAUCAUGUCCAGGACCGGGCUUGGACUCUGCAUGUUUAGCAUGGGCCAGUUCAUGGCGCUUCAGGAGAGGGUCGUCGCAUGCGGGGCCCAACUGACCGCCGUGGGCAUGGCGCUGCGGUUCCUUGUCGGCCCGGCCGCCACGGCUGCCGGAGCCGUCGCUCUGGGGCUCCAUGGAGACGUCCUGCGUGUUACCAUCAUUCAGGCUGCACUUCCUCAAGCCAUUACCACGUUCGUGUUCGCGAGGGAGUAUGGCCUACACGCUGAUGUACUCAGCACCGCGGUUAUAUUCGGGACGUUGAUGUCGCUGCCCGUGUUAAUCGUAUACUACAUCGCUCUGCCCUUCAUAGAAUAA